AUGAUGAUCAAAACACUUCUCUUGGCUCUUCUUCUUCUGGGAACUUCUCCGAAUAUCUUCGUCAAUUCCCAAGCGGUAAUGGAUGCAGGCCGGGCCGUCCAUACCCAACCAGAAGAAUCCAUACCACUUCCGUUCGGAACCCCUGAAGAGUUCCUUGUCGAAGUUAAUCAGGCAAGAAGAGAUUAUGCAAGAGAAAAAAAUAUUCCAAAUAUGGGUCAGCUGGUUUGGAGCGAAGAUCUCGUUAAAAUCGCCGAAAAACUAGAUUUGGACGUCAACUGGCCGGAAGCUCGAGUCACCUGGCGUUAUUGUAUUCUUAGACGUUAUUAUGGAAUCGCCGUGACUAUUCGUAACGAGUUGGCUUCUUUUUCGAGAAUGGGAAAAGAUGAAGCAGUGAGAUUUGCGGACAUGAACUCCAAAUGGACUAUGGACAGACAGGAGUUGCUGGUUCCAAUGCAAACAAAGAUUGGAUGUGUGAGAAAACGCGAAGAUAAAGCACUUUGUCUUCUUGGACCACAGGGAGCAUUCUGGUAUCCGGAAGGUUCUGUUCGUACUGAGGGCCCGCCUGGAUCGGAUUGCGGAAAAGGAUACACAAACAAUAAUGGGUUGUGUGUUGUUUCGUCUGGAAUCGAUGAAGGAAAAGGAGAAACUUCUGAAUCAGCAGCACCCGGUCUUCUUCAUGUGAUCGUUUUGCUUAUUGCUUAUUUUCUAUAG